CUGUAUCAUCCUGUCCAGCAAGGAUGCUAUCAAUCAAACAACCAGUUAGUCCCUGAUGGAAGUAGCAUAAAUCUAGACAACAGCAACAUGCCUUUAAUCCUAAACCAACUUCUGCAUUCAGAGAGGAUAGAUCAGCAUCAGUCAAUUGUUCCGAAACAAACAGGGCAAACUUUGACAUUAAACAUAGUUAGUUCGCCAGUUUUACCAUCAAGUUCCUGUCAAAAUGUACUUGUUGGAAGCCCAGGAAAAUCAAAAAAUGCUGGGAAGUACAUCUGUAAACACUGUGGACGAGACUGCCUGAAGCCAAGUGUCCUUGAAAAACAUAUUCGCUCACACACAGGGGAAAGGCCCUUUCCCUGCACCACUUGUGGUAUUGCAUUUAAAACUCAAAGCAAUUUAUAUAAACACAGAAGAACCCAAACACAUGUCAACAAUACCAGGCUUCCCUCAGAGUCUGACAACAGUGGCAUAUUAGAGGAGAACGAGAAGGCAACAGACAUCAUGUCACAUCAGGGUGCAAAACGAGACAAUAUCUGUGAAAAGCAGAGGUCAGGGAAUAAAGAAAUCAGUUCAGAGAUGAGUACCGCAGUGGACACUAAGAAUUUUUCAUCCAUUAUUUUACUACCACCACUCAAUACUUUAUCGCUUACAUCAGAAAGUCAGAGGAUAACAAUUGGUGAUUCCAACUGGCCAGACACAAGUCAGGGUGUCACUGAAAGAGAACCAGUACAAGACACUCCAAACCUAUCUUCUCCAGUAAUUUUGGCAGAAAGUCUACAUCAGAGAAGAAAAAUGCAGGAGCAAAGAUUCUCAACAACAAAUAAACAUAUUCAGUUGCAGAGGCAGCAAGCAACUUAUUCAGAUAGGCAAUGGGACUGUAAACCAUCUGACUAUAAGCUAAAGAAGUGCGAGAGCACUGAUUCUGGGUACCUGUCACGCUCUGAUAGUACAGAACAACAAAUAUUGACCUCCAGCCCCCUGCAUAGUCUUUGUGAACAAAGUACAGAGCUAGAAAAAGAAACUGCCUUCAGUGGCUUAAGGUGCACGGCAGGAAGUAGUGCAAAACCAGAAUCAGCUGAGAAAGCAACAGCCUUGAUGCUAGAGAAAAAGAAGCUGGAAGAGCAUAUCUCAAAACUGAUCUCUCAUAACAAAGCUGUGGUGGAUGAUACCCAAUUAGACAAUGUUAGACCCCGAAAAACAGUGCUUUCCAAGCAGGGCAGUAUUGAUCUGCCAAUGCCUUACACAUACAAAGAUUCCUUCCAUUUUGACAUCAAAUCUCUUGAUGUAAACAGGAAGAAGAAUCUUGCCCUUUGCUCAGCAAAAUCUACCUUUACACCCAUAGAAAAAUCCAAGCCAUUGUUUUUUCAUUCAGUCCCCACGCAAUUCUCAACAACAAUAGACUGUGUGCCUGUCACAAGAAGCAAUUCUUUGCCAUUUGUAGAGAGCACAAGAAUGGCACAUGACAGAGUGGGUAGCUCAAAAGUGCCAUCUCUCACGAGGCAGCCCCUGAAUACAGGUUCUUCUAGUUUAUUGCAUAGCAACAACCUUGCUACAAGUUCAGUGGAUUUUCCUAACAGCCAUCCUCGUGCACUUGUCAGACAAACAGCAGUGGAUGAUUUGCCACUAAGUAACACAGUCUCUUAUUAUUCUACCUCUGAGGAGACAAAAGACACUAAAAAGCCUGAAGCUGGAGGAGAAGUAGUGAAUGCUAAAUCUAAGAAAUCAACUCAAAGGAAAUUUAAAAUGUUCUCUCAGGAAAAAUGGCAGAUGUAUGGUGAUGAAACAUUCAAGAAAAUCUACCAAAAAAUGAAAAGCAGUCAAACCUCCAAAAAACUGAAUCAAAGUGGGAAAAAGGACACAGACAAUAUAGACUUCACCCCUGAUUCAAAGGAAGCAGCUAGUGGUGAUGGGGUUCCUCAGCCAAAAGAUGUCAGGAGCUCUUUAAGUGGGAAUCUUUCCUCCCCUUCAACCAUUUGUGCCACAGAAUUAAACACUGUGGAAUCAAAAAACUGUCCCAUUGGUAAUCAGAUACUGCACAGUGUUUCCUCAGAGGAGAAAGCAGGAAGAUUUACAGAAUUAAUGGAAACAGCACAUUCAGUAAAUGCUGAAAUAAGUGUAAUAAGCAAAACUUCCCCAAAACAUGACUGCAGUAACAAACAUAGUUCUGAUAAAUAUAUAGGUGGCAAAAAUACAUUAUUAGCUUUAAGCAGUCAUGAGAUGAGGUUUCAACUUAAGCAGAGAGCUAGUCAAUUAAACACUAACAUGCUGCAUGCUGAUAGUCUGCAAAUGCAUAAUAAUCAAUUUGAAGAGUCAUGUCCUGGGAGAGAAUCCAAUACCCCUGUAUCAGAGUGUGAAAAUAUUUUAAAAAGUGACAGAGAAAACCACAGUAGUAAAGAAACUUCUCAACAUGCACAGAUGCCCUUAAGAGUGCACAACAGCAGCACUGGUGAAUCCACUCAGGUAUUCCAAAAGCUACCAUCAGAGAGAAAAAAACUGAAAGUUGAAGAGCUGAAUAGCAGCAAUAAUCCAGCUCUAAAAUUAAGUCCCAGGCCCUGUAGCGAAAAUAAUGCAGUAGGUGAAACAGUGAAAUUAACGGACUGUAACAGUGUAAAUGCUGCCUCCGCAGCUUUAGUUCAACAGUCACUCAAAGGAGAGCAGAAUUUAAAUUCAUACCUUAAUGACUCGAUCGGUUGUGCUAAAAGCAUGGAAUAUGAGAAAACACUGAAACCCCAUAUAGGACCCAUAUAUUCUAAUGACAACUCUGCUAACCUUCUUCUACAAUCAGCAAAAGUCUCAAUGGCUUCACUUUCUGAAUGUCUGGUGCCUGAGUUAGAGAGAGGUAAUUGUAGUUCUUCUGCCUUAGACAAGGUGACAGCUACAGAAGCCAAAACAUGUCCUGUGACAGUUGGAGCAAGAGUGUCACUUCACAGUGGUGAUGAUGUUGGCAUGUCUUCCACUAUUCAAAAUUUGGAGUUUGGUCUGGUAACUUCCCCUCUAAAAAAAAGUGCAUUUUCUCCAAAAUACAUCCUCAAAUUACCACAAGAAGAGAAUACUACAGACUUGCCACUUUUAAUGAGACCAGGGCCGGAGAGUAUGCCUGUUAUUUCUCUACCAGUUCCGCUAACCAAAGCUUCCUACACUAUCAACAGCAGGUCAGUCAGCACUGAUUCUAGUGAUGUGUUUUUGUCCCCUUUAGAGUUUGAACUGAGACACCAGACCAGAGCAGUAGGACUAAGCUGGGGUGUACAUACAAACUGGAAGGCUCUGUUACCUUGUUCACCAAUCAACUCAACAAUAAUUAACAUCUCAACAAAGACAGGUGACAUCUUUCAGAACCAAAGCUGCAGGCAUAAGGAGAUAACGAAAGACGCCUGGAAAGACACUGAGGAUAAAGAUAACUUAAGUAGUCAAAUGCAAGCAGACAAAAAGUGGAUAAGUACAACUGUUUGCUCUGCACAAACUACAGGAAAGAAAGUACGCUUUUCUUCUAUGUGUACAGGUGGCUUUUUCAUAUCGUCAGACAUCAAAGGAGAGAAUCAGGUAUUACGCCACCUUCACUCAGAAAAUAACUCUUUAAUAAUGACAUCCUCAUCAGGCAAAGGGGCAACUUCUAGUGGGGACACUGAACAGAAAAUCAUGGGAUGGGACACAGAUGGUAGCUCUUCCAGCAUUCUUAAAGACAUUUCACCAGGCUUGCAGGAUUUACAGUAUUCUGUGUGCUCAAAGGACAAGUCCAAUUAUUUUUGCCAUUCUUUUGGAACACUUUAUUGCCACGCCCUCGGUAGUCAACAUAAGGAACUCCCUGCACUGUCCCAAGUCAGCGUGACUUGUCUCUCGGGAAAUGCAAGGAUCUUAAGCACAAAGGGCUCCUUCCCAUCAUUAAAUGCUGAGCCUCAAUUAACUUGGUGUUGUUUAACCAGAAGCCUUCCUCUGCCUGCUGAGCAAAAGGAGAAGGCCGACUCUGCUUACUCUUCCUUGCACAUCUGUAAGAAAAAUUCUGGUAGUGAAAGAACAUUGUCAAAAUGUGACUUUUCUUUUAUCAAAACAAAAAAUAUUAACAAGACUGUGACCUGUGGUUUGACCACUGGUAAUUUAAAAACAUUGGUUUCAUCCUUUUCACAGGAGGAGCAGCCACAGAAGAAGCCAGUUGUUCACAUCACUCGCAUGGCCAGCAAGGAAUUUAAAAAGCACAUGAUUAACCCUUAUAUAGGCAGGAGUAAGAAAUUAGAACAACUAAAUUCCCUCUACUUUGAAAGCUUCUGCCAAGAGCUGAUGAAAAUAAUGGGAUGGGACACAGAUGGUAGCUCUUCCAGCAUUCUUAAAGACAUUUCACCAGGCUUGCAGGAUUUACAGUAUUCUGUGUGCUCAAAGGACAAGUCCAAUUAUUUUUGCCAUUCUUUUGGAACACUUUAUUGCCACGCCCUCGGUAGUCAACAUAAGGAACUCCCUGCACUGUCCCAAGUCAGCGUGACUUGUCUCUCGGGAAAUGCAAGGAUCUUAAGCACAAAGGGCUCCUUCCCAUCAUUAAAUGCUGAGCCUCAAUUAACUUGGUGUUGUUUAACCAGAAGCCUUCCUCUGCCUGCUGAGCAAAAGGAGAAGGCCGACUCUGCUUACUCUUCCUUGCACAUCUGUAAGAAAAAUUCUGGUAGUGAAAGAACAUUGUCAAAAUGUGACUUUUCUUUUAUCAAAACAAAAAAUAUUAACAAGACUGUGACCUGUGGUUUGACCACUGGUAAUUUAAAAACAUUGGUUUCAUCCUUUUCACAGGAGGAGCAGCCACAGAAGCAGUCCAGUUCAAAGGCUGGAGGAUGUGGAGUUUUAGAAAAUGUUUCAGAGCGAGAGAAGAAAGAAAGACUUUACAGAAGGGAAAAAUUCACAACAAAUAAAUCCAAGAGGAGCCAUAAACAGAAAAAAAUGAAAAUCAACCCAAAAUGGUCCAAAGGGAACCAUGUGCAUGGAUACACUCAGUUGAAAACUAAAAGGCUGAGCAAGCAACACUGGCUUCCAAACAGGGCAUUAGAUACUCUGAAAAAGCACCUGCCGUACCACUCACGCGAUAGCCUUAAUCAGUGUGAAAAAAGCUACUCUCCUGCAUCAAAUUUGCAAGAUAAUUAUCACCCUCAGCAGGGGGAGUUUUCUUGCCCCACUUCAGACAAGCCAGUAUCCAAAGGGAAUAAUGAUAAGAAAGAAGAUAAGAAUCACAAAAAUAACUCAGGAAUAUUUUCACUGGCUGAGCAUUCAAGCAACUUCAGGCAAAAAGGCAAACUGGAUGGAAAAGAUAUUACUACACCAAAUUACAAACCCUCAAGAGGCAAUCUCUCUCUUCAGAACAUCAGUGCAAUGCCGGGAUUACCUAUGGUAACAUACUCCUGUUCAUCACCAGCGAAAGCUGCCACAGAACAAACCAACAAUGACCUAGACAUCUGCUGUUUAGUGACUCAACCUCUCACUCUUCAGAAACCAUUUCCAGUGGAGCCACAGCCAAAUGUUUAUUCUGAUCCUGUGGAGUCCUCUUUUUGGUCUUUUCCUUUUGAUUUUAUAGGCACAGGUACAUGCUGUCAGCAUGUUAGUAUGGGUUCAGAGGUUACUGCUCCUUUUUUCGUAUGGCCAAAAGCAGACCACAAAAAUAUACUCAAUGUAGAGUCACAAAGUCAAAGUUUUGCUGCAGCAUACCCACUGGUCCAGACCUCAGGAAAGGAGGAACAUCCAAUGGAAGGAAAUUCAUACUCAUCUCUGAAGGGGAAACUUAUUCCCAGUUCCAAAACUGUGUGUUCAGCUUCAUUGGGAUCAAAGGUGAACACUCUUCCCCAGACAUCAAUCACAAGCACUAGCUUACCUAGCACAGCUAAUAUACAGGGGAUGAACACUUCUCAUGAUCCUCAUGAAUGUGUGAACAAGAAUGGAGCAUACUUGCAAUCAGAUGGCCAAGGAAAACUUAACGAAACUGGCACUAAUACUUUUAAAGAGCCCUCAUUUCCCUCAAGUCCCACAGAGUCCACAGCUAGCUCCGAAACACCUUCUAGAACAUACAAAAAAAGAGGUUUAGAGAGGAUGAGGAAACAAACUCGAGUGGAAUAUGAUGACACAAGCAGUGAUGAUGAAGACAGGCUAGUUAUAGAAAUAUAACAAACAGAACACUGUGACACACCAGAUGGGUGUAUGAUGGUACAUUAUGGAGACAAAUGCCAUGGAAAUUGCAGAUCACUGAUCUGCCUUUCUGAAGCACCUUAACAUCAGAAUAGCCAUUCUUGCAUAGUAUAGGCAAAGCUCUCUUCUAAGAGCAACGGUUCUUCUUUGCAAGGACUCAGGCUUCUUUUACAGAUUUUAAUACUUUUGAAUGGUGCAAGGAAGCAGUUAAAAUACAUAUUUAAAUGUACAAGGUGCCCCAACUCCAGUAAACCUCAUUAAUUCCAUUUAACACCUAGAGUCUCUAGCACCCAGAGACUACAUUAUAAAGACACUGUAGUGUUUUUAUUUACCAAUAAUGAUAAAACAUCAAUCAGACUCUUUAAUGCAUAAAUUGAGGUGUAGAUUGCAACAAACCAUGGGUAUAUCUUCAUCCCUGUGCUCCCCUCUUCAGUAGUUAUUUCCAGCUUUACUGGAAGUAAUGUAUGUACAUUGAAAAGAAGCUAUCUAUGAUAUCUAUGAUAUUGUGAGAUGUCACACAAAUACUGACUUUUUCCAUGUUGCACAAUGGUCAAUGCUUCUUUGUGAGAAAGUGACACAAGCAUGUCCUGCUUUGUGUUUUGUGCCUUUUCUGCUGAAAUCUACAAAAAAAUAUAUUCUUUUAGCUCUACUUGGAGAAAUUGUAGUGUAAACAGGUAACGUCAAUGUUUCUUUGUACUGAAAUUUUUAUCUCAGAGACUUUCUCUGAUUUUGUUUUUUGGAUUGUGCUCUAAAAGCAAGUUACCUUGGAGUGUUUUGUUCUAUUUUGUUCUGAAGUUUAACCCAAGUGAAACCUUUUGCCUUUCUCUCUAAAUCUCUAAUAAGUAAAAGUUGACAUGACAUGGCUUUUUUUCUAGGGUUUGGCAUCAGGGCAUCUGUAGCACUAUUGUCAUGUAAAUCAACUUCUGCUUUGCAACCCAAAAUUUACUUUGUUUACACGAAAACAUUUCCAGUCAGUAAAAUUUCAGACACACUUACCAUUCACUGGAAGUUAAAGUUGACAGAGAAAGUUUUAAAUCAUUUCACUGCUGUACUGCAGUCCAAUUUUAUAUUUACGUUUGCUAUGAGUUUUGUAUAAUUUGAACUAAUAUACAGAGUGAAUUAACUUACAUGUGCUAUUCAUAAUUGCAUGAACUUUAAAGGAUAGAGUAAUCAUGCAAUCAUGCACAAGUAAGCCUGUAUUGGUCCUAGUUAUAAAAAGGUUUAGUGUACUAUCUAUGUCACGGUAUGUUAGAGAAACAUAUGCAUAUUGUAAGAAGAAAUGAAAAGUACCAGAAUGACAAUCCUUCUGUGGAUACACAUAAAUGGAACUAAAUGCUAAGUUCUAUGUUAUCCCUUUACACUCAUAUGUAUUAUGAAAGUGACCAUAGUUUCAAUUUGCCCUGCAGAGUUUUCUAUUUAGCAUCAAAUUAUGUUGCUAUAUAUUUUUACUGUUAGGGAAAUUGAUAUCAUGAUUAGAGUGUUAUACUGAUUUCUGAUUAUACGUGAUAAUGAUUUUAUGUUGAAAAAGGUUAAUGGGUAAAGCAGGAUUUGUUUCUUCUUCUGCAGGGCAAAGGCAUUUCAGUAGGAUUGCUAUAGGGCUUGGGAUCAUGACAGCAUGGAAGAAUGGAAGUCUUGCUUUAAUAAAAAUGCACAAUUAGCUAUCUUCCCCCUUGACUUUUGUGAAACCCUGGGACUUAUCCUGAUCUCACUUGUCAUACGCUGGUUUUAUAAUACAAGUGUUAACUCCAUACACUUUAGAGGAAUUAUUUCCUGUUUGACAGGAGUGUAAAUAGAACCAGAAUUAUGCCCAUUAAGCUUACAGGUCAGAGGCCAGUGGAUAUUGGGGCCCCAGUCUGUAAAUAAGUUUUAUGCAAAACUGCUCUUAAUUUCAAUGGGAUUUUUAUGUAUGGAACAAGGACAUGAGAUGGUUAAAUAGUGUAUUAAGCUGGGAAGGCAUAUUCUAAAGACUAGCAAAUAUGUGUAUGAAGUUCCUGUUUGGGAAGUUAAGAAGCAUGAAAGGUAUGAACACUGGAGGACUGGAAGGCCCUGAAAGUUGCAAAAUAUAAUUGCAUAUUUUUGAUGAAUAUGCAAGGUAUGCUACCUAAAAUAUUGUUUGUUGAAUGUUGAUAAGAAUGAUACAACCGACUUAUUUGUAUAUUUUUAAAAAAUCUGUUCCUUUAUAUUCUUAAAUUAUUUUGUUUUGAUAAAAAUUAAACUUGAA